CUGUUUGAGGCUCGGAUCUCGGGUUUUAAGCCAAUUUUAUGCUAGGUUGUUCUUGUUUAUGACAUUUCAGGUCCUAAUGCGUGAAUGAAGGUUGGAGUACGAGUUAGGGGUCGAUUGGGCGAAAUCUGAACGAGCGAGGGAGAGCAGAUGAGUUGCACGGCCAGGACGGGACGACGCACGAUCGUGCAUGGUGGUCGUGCGAGCGAAGAUGCGCGUCCAGGGUUUGCACGACCGUGCACGACGUAAUUUCCGGCCGUGAUGAAUUAUGCGAGAAGCUGCACGGCCAGGCUCUCGGAUUGCACAUGCCGUGCAACGGCCGUGCACUCCCCUCACGGAAUUAAUUGAAACUCUGCGUUUUGGGUUACACGGGCAGCGAUGGAGGUUGCACGGCCGUGCGGUCUGGCCGUGCAAUCAAGGAUAGCUACUUCUUAACCCAAUUUCAGGUUUUGGAGAAGGGAUUCGACUUUUUGAGCAAAAACAGAGUUCUAGAGAGAGAAAGUGUGAAGAACAAACACUAGGAGCUAUUUGCAGUGGAUUUCUCACCAUUGAAGCCCAGAUUGCAUCCCGGGAGUGAAGAUUGACAUCCCAGAGCAGAUUAUUCCCAUCUUUAUGAGUAUGACAGCUUUGAUUUAUGUUUUCCUCUCUCUCUAUGGAGUAGACCAUUCUCUCACUUGGGUAUGAAGAACCCUAGUUCCAUGUGUUAGGGAUUUUGAUUGUAAUGACUUUUGGAUUGAUAUACUGCUUGAUUAUAAUCAAUUGAAGUGUGUUUAUUGAGUCAUUUGAAUCCUUAUCAACUUCUUUUGAUUUCUGGUGCAACCAAAGAUAGAUAGAAUCUGAUUUGGUUGUUAGAGCUUUUUUAAUUGAUAGGAGUGGAUUGAUUAUACGAGAUUUAGUCAAUUCAUUGCUUUGUACUGGAAUCCUAUUCCAUUAGUGGAGUUCUGUGUUAAUUACCUUAGCUUUCUAUCCCGGUGAAGACUAGUCGUCUGCCAGUUAGUUUUUCCAAGAGGGCUUGGUCAGCUUAAGAGAUUCCAAGAUACUGUCGGAUCUUCUGUAGUUUAAUCAACAGUAUAUCAACCUAAGUAAAUUACAACUUGGACCUAACUAAAGAGAUAGGGGGACUCAUUCCUGAGUGACUCUUCUCUUACUUCAGGAAACCGGACAAUUUACUGCUUUCUUUCUGCUUUACUUUGAACUCACAUACAUUCACUUAUUCCUGCUAGAUAAUAGAUAAUCACGGAGUAGGCAGUACAUCUAGGCCCCGGGUUGAUAAAUUAAACUUACGGUAUUCUUCAUUUCCGGACUGCGAUUAUACUUGGUCGCAUUUUGGUGUUGUGUCAUAGCGUGUCAACUACACAAGUAAAGCAUCCUAACACUACUAAUAAAAAAAAUAACAUAGGGUGAGGUAGAGUUUAGAUUUCUCAUCGACCAACAUCCUCCAUAGAGCUACACUAUCCUUUCUAGAUUGCACCUGGCUGGACUCUAACUACACAUUCCAAUCGACAGCCAAGUAUAACCGACGACUGUGUGUAACAUUUGGCAAGCAACAAAUAAAAUUUAUCGUACCACGAGGAUCUAAGCUUACCUUACUUUGGGUUUAGGGUUCGUUAUCUAGCCAAUCUAGGAUAGUGAUUAAGAAGAAUAAACUAACUAACCUAGCUAUUUACAAGGUAGGAGCUCUCUUGGGUUUGAAUUCCCCUAGGUCCGCCGUUUGAUCGAUGUUGAGUACUAUCCUAGCUCGAUUGUCUCAAUACUCUACCGUUAGGAGAUAGGCUCCCUCGAUAUCGACCCCGAAUGACGAAUCUAUGGAUGGGUAGGUGCUCUAUUCAACCCAGGGUUUCAUAUAUUUCUAGGAGGUAGAUCGAAUACACUCCCUUGAGGAUUUACUGGACAAUAUAUAAAAGGAGUGACCCGAAGACACCAAUAAUGGGCUCUAAGGGGAUUUUCUCCCUCCCAGGUCAAAAGCUCAAUUCAUGAAAAUGUAAACCCAACUCAUGUCAUCAUGAAAACAUCCAUCAAUUAAGUAAAAUCAUCAAUCAAACAUGAAAUAUGUCACAUACAUCAGCACCCAAUCAAAAUCUAGAACUAGGGUUCUUAAUCCUCAAGAGAAGAGGGUGAGUUUCUAUAGAGAGAAAAGAGAGAUUAGAAAUUGGAUCACAAGAUCUUCUUCUUCUAGGCUUGAUUCCUUGCUUUCAAGCUUGAUCAAUGCUUUUAAUUAAGCUCCAAGAUCUCUCAAUAACUCUCUCUCUCCUUCUCUCUCGCACACACACACACACACUAGAACUCCACUUUGGUGUUUUGAGUCGGAACCCUAGAGAGAAUCGAUUUCUCCUCCAAAACCAGCUCUCCUUUCUCUCUCCCACCUGUUGUCUUUAUAUUUGCCCGAUAGUUCCUACUUCAUGGUUAUUGUUCCCGGUCAUGAUAAUAGCAAGCAGAGGGUGGUCUCGCCCAAAAGCGCACCAUUUUUGGCCAUUUUCACGAUCUGGGGGUGAUUUUCAUGGUCUCAGAAUCGUUAUAUCUUUUAGGCCCUCGAGACGCACAAUGGCUGCUGGAAUUUGGCAACUUCACGGUCUAGGGGUAAUUAUCACGGUUUCAAGACCGUGAUAAAUGAGUGCUACCCUUGAAGUCUUGCACUUCACUCUCUGGGGGUGAUUUUCAUCCACUCAGGGCGUGCCAAAUGCCUUCAGCCCGUAAACAUUGCAAAGCCUCCACUUUUUGGCUCGUUUUGACCUCCGAAUGACUCGAAACUCGUCCUGGAGCGUCCCACCCGUAUUAGAACCUUAAAUUAACUAAAAUAAGCACAACCUUGCAUAAAAUAGGUCGAGAGAUUAUCAAAUGCAAAGUCAAACUAUCAAAAAAUUAGGGAUAGAAUGUGUACAAUUGAGCCUGAAUCAGUACUGAUUUGGCUCCAAAUGUAUACAUUUUACCCCUCAUUUCUUGAUAGUUUGACUUUAUAUUUCAUCGUCCCUCGACAUAUUUCACGCAAGGUUGUGCUUGUUUUGAUAUAUUUUAGGUCCUAGCACGUAUGGAAGGGUCGAGCACCAGUUUCGGGAUGAUCAGAGGUUAAAAAGAGCAAAAACCAAAGAAAAGUCCAAAGUCACAUUGAAGCGAAGGCGUCCAAGAACCAGCCGCAAUUCACGUUCAAAGCUGCAAGUUCACGGUCACCAGGACCGUGAACUGGAACAACAAAUCGUGAAGCGCAAAGCGUCGAGGGCGGUUUCAGAGGUUACUGACGCCGAGUGAGUUCACGGUCCCCAAAACCGUGAACUUUGAGUGCAAACCUUGAACUUAAGUGAGUGAAGUGGUGCAUUUCGACACAACACUCCGAGUUUACGGACACGUUUAGGUGUUCACGGCCAUGAACUGGAAGGCCGUGAACUCAGCUCGAUCACAGUAUAAAGUGAGAACUGAAAGGAAGAAGAAAAGGGAGCUUUUUGGUAGGUUUUAGUUUUCAGAGUAAAGAGGAUUGCUAUUGAGAGAUAAGUGUUUCGUCUUCCUAUUCUAGAGAGAGAAAGUGCCAUUCAAAGGAGGAAGAAAGGGAUUUGGGCUUUCCCUAAGUUAGAGGAGUGAAGAUUCUUACCUCUCAAGGGAGAUUCAAGCAAGGAGGAAGGAAGGUUGUCAUCUCUUCAUGGUUCUUUCUCUCCUUUUUCUUGUUUUCCUUUGUCUAGCUAUGGAAUAGCCCACCUACUCACUUGGGUAUUGUGAAUCCUAGUCUAGAUAUGUGUUAGGAUGUAAAAAUAUGAUUCUAUUAGGAGUUCAUGAUUUGUGGGUGUUGCUUGCAUUAUCUCAUUAUUGGGUCAAAUAGACCUAGGAGGUUGAAAUCCCCCUUUGGGCCAUAGGGAGCUUGAACUCCUACCCACUCGGGUAACCCUUUCUAUAUUAACCUAGGGCCAAAACCUCAAGUAUCGGAUUAUCACCUUGAUUCCCACGUGAUUGGUCUCUCCGCCAUCGGGAUUAAGUUCCGAGGGAUUGGUUUGCAAUCCUUAGUUAACUAGUUUAGAGGGGCUAGAACGUCUAGCCUAGAGUUGCAAUCCACAACCGAAAGGUUACGAGAGUUAGACCGCUAACUUAAUUCAACAAUCCUAAAUUGGUCGACUAAGGGAGUUAGGAUUUCCUCGGUUGAUCGGUUAAGAGAGCUAGAUUCCCUAGCUUCGUGCGAUUCAAGUUUUUGGGAGUUAAAAACUUGGGAUCUAGUCAGGAUUAAUUCGCGGUGUAGUUUCGUGCGAUUCAAGUUUUUGGCGCCGUUGUCGGGAGCCUUACGAUCCAUUACUCAGAAAAGGUCACUUAGUGUUACUCUAGCAUUUUCUUUCUUGCCUUUUGUUUGUGUUUUUUGUUUCAUGUGCGUUUUGUUUACCACUGUUCAUCUUGAAUGUUGGUUUGUGUGUGUUUGGUUUUCCUUUUUAGUGUUUUUUGUGUUUAUAGGUAUUGGAUCAUGGAUCCUUAUGAUUUCACCCAAAUGUGGGGGUAUCCACCACCACCCGAGAGGGGUUACCCCGGAACUUCAUGGGACGAUCAAAAUGGGCAAGUCAAGGAUUUGGGUUCUACUACCAACCCCCCUUCCAAGAUGAACAACAUACCAAUGGGAGUAUCAAGAAGCUUCCCUAUAUCAAGAAUAUUCCCCUCAACAACCCGAGGAGAAAUCCAAGUUGGAGUUCGCCAUGGAGGCUUUCAUGGGACACACCUCAAUACCAUGUGCCACUCCACAACCAGAGCCAAAGAGGAAAUUAGAGCUCAUGGUGGAGCGAUUCGUCAGGGGCACCGAUGAAGGGUGCUCUAGCAUGGACCUCCCAAUUGCCAACCCUCUCGACUCCACCUUUCUUCGAGAAUCGAAGGAGCUCCUUCGAUGCGCGGAGAGGCUAGGAGGGCUUGUAGAGCAAGCAUGUGCACAACUUGCUCAUAAUUGCCUCCUACCAUUAGAAGAAAGAGAGGAAUUCAAAGAGGCGAGCCAUGAGAAUUUUGGAAGAAUGAGCUCCGACAUGGAUUUCCAACCCCUCCCUCCUCCCGGCUUGACACUAGAUAAGAAGGUGGCACGAGCUUGUGCAAGCUAUCUCCUUUCAUCAUUGGAGGAGAAACAAGAGGUUGAAGGAUCAAUCAAUGAUAACUGAUAGACCGUUAGUUACACAUGUUUUCACCCCUGUUCUUACACCGUUUGAGAGGUGGUUUCUCGUGUUUUAGACCGAUUUCACGCUAGGUUGUGCUUGUUUGUGAUAUUUCAGGUCCUGGCAAGUGAAUGAAGGUUUAGGAGCGAGUUCGGGGUCGAUUGGGCGAAGAUCGGGCGCGAGACAAGUCACAAAGGAGGUCACACGGGCUACCCUGAUGAUCACACGGCCGUGUGAAGUAAUGGCCUGGCCGUGCGAGUUUUGCCGAGAGCACACACGGGCAGAGCAGAGGAUCGACACGGCCGUGCAAGUGGCCGGGUUGGCCGUGCCACAAUCUGCGAGAGCAAACACGGGCAAGAGGGGAUGUCCACACGGCCGUGCCACUCUGGCCGUGCAAGAGCCUGGAAUUCGAACUAAUUGGAACGCAGCGUUUUGACUCACACGGGCAACUGGGUAAGCCACACGGCCGUGCCACCCUGGCCGUGUGAGUCGGGAUUUUCUGCUUAAAACCCGAUUUUCAGCCAAAGGAGAGAGGAGAGCUGGGUUUUGGAUCCCAAACACCCAAGGGACGAACCAAAGAGAGAGAGGGCGAUUUGAGGGCAUUCUUGGAGUGGAGUUGGAGGAUUUCUUCGCCUUGGAAGCUCGAGGAACAAGCCCGGACUUGAAGACUGAUCAUCUGAAGAUUCUUACUGCAGUCUCUCUCUUCUCUAUGGAGUAACUUCCCUUCACUUAGGUUUUGAGGAACCCUAGCUAUGUUUGUUUGAUUGGAUGAUUGUAUGAGUACUCUGACUGGAUAAUCUUGAGUUCAUAUUCAAUCUAUGCAUGUUUCAUGAUUCAAUUCUGCUUUAGUCGAGAUUAUUGAUUCUGCUUUGAUUCUAUGAGAGGGAAUACCUGAUUAGGUCAAUAGAGCACCAUAGAUUGA